GGACCCCUGUUAAAUUUCCAGGGUGCGGGGCAACUAAGUGGCCUCUCUUCGCGUCGUCUUCGGACUGUUCUCUGGGUUGGCCUCGCUUCGCCACAGACACUUGUCGACGCGUCUCAGGGAGUCUGAGCCCGUUGUAUUUUUUUCGCUGUCUUUUUGGCGGUUCCCGUUUCCCCUCGACUGCCGACUCUCCCCUCUCCCGCUCCGUCGCCACCAUGAAGUCUGUUUAUGCCUGUGAGACUAUCACCAUCCCUGCGGGAGUCACGGUGGAUGUGAAGUCGCGGGUGGUGACUGUGAAGGGCAAGUAUGGCGAAAUCACGCGUGCAUUCCGCCACCUCCCUGUCGACAUCCAGAAGACCAAGUCUGGAAACCGACUGAAGGUCGAGAUGUGGUAUGGAACCUGCACAGACCUCAGCUGCAUCCGCACGCUGUGCUCUCACAUCAAGAACAUGUUCACUGGUGUGAUGAAGAAGUUCCAGUACAAGAUGCGCUUCGUGUAUGCACAUUUUCCCAUCAACGUGAACAUCAGCGGCAACGGAACUGUCGUCGAAAUCCGCAACUUCUUGGGCGAGAAGCGCGUGCGGAUCGUCAAGAUGCUUCCGGGAGUUAAGUGCGAGAAGGCCACAAACGUCAAGGAUGAAAUCGCGCUCACUGGAACUGACGUCGAGCUCGUCUCUCGAUCAGCGGCUCUCAUCCAUCAAUCGACUUUGGUCAGGAGAAAGGAUAUCCGUAAAUUUUUGGAUGGCAUCUACGUGUCAGAGACCAGCACUGUCGAACAGGACGCGUAAAUGACAGGAAGGAAAGCUCUUCUGUCUGCCUUUCUUUGUGUCUGGCAUUCGCCUCCUUUAUGUGUGCCCUUAUGAAGGGUAGAGUUAUCGUGUGUGGACUCGAGAGAGCGGAGAGAAGGCGCCUAUGCGUCUGCCCAGGAUGAGGGAGAGAAAGAGCCGACUCUUGAUUACGUCUGUUUCUCUUGCGUCGUCGACGGCUGCUUUUUCAGGUGGUGAGUGAAUUUUCCGAGCUUCGGCUGGGAGACGGAAAACCACCGGGCAUGUUCGUAUGGAUGUUUUUGUCAUCAACACGACUUCUUCGCAACUGCCUCCUGGAACUAAGCGUCGCUUCGGUCGCGAA